UGUACAAGAAAUCGUUGCAUUUGUGAUACUACAAUGAAUGCAGUGUUUACAUCUGAAAAAGAAAAAAACUUUAUUCAAAAUCUUACUAAAUCUCGAAGUUUUAUGCCAAAAGCCUUUGUUGUUUCGGCAGGUGCUUAUGUUGCAUAUCGAGCAUUAACUUACAGUUAUUCAAAAUUCAUUGAGAGAAAUGUUACUAAUAAACAUGAGAAUUUCAAGCAAAAACAAGUUACUAAUAAAAAGUUGUUUCUGGAGAAAUUAAUAGAAUUGUUAAAAAUAAUACUCCCUGGUAUAAAAACUAAAGAGUUUGGCUUAUUAUCAAUCCAUUCUAUAGCUUUAAUAACAAGAGCAUUUUUGUCAAUAUAUGUAGCAAAGUUAGAUGGUAAAUUAGCAAGAUGCAUUGUCGAGAAAAACUUAUUCAAAUUUAUAUCUUUGCUUUUGCAAUGGAUUGGUGUUUCUAUUCCGGCAACCUUUAUUAAUUCUCUGCUGAAGUAUUUAGAGGGUAAACUUGCAUUGGCUUUCCGAACUCGUUUAGUAAAAUAUGGUUAUGAGCUCUACUUUCAAAAACAAACAUACUACAAAAUUGGGAAUCUUGAUUCUCGUUUAUCUGCUCCUGAUGAAUGUCUUACUGAGGAUAUCAGAAUGUUUUCUGAAUCUGUAUCUCACUUGUAUUCACACUUAACAAAGCCAGUGCUUGAUUUAUUAUUGGUAUGUUUUUCUUUAAACAGCAUGGCAAACAAACGCGGCCAGUCAUGGUUAAAACCUGUCAUGUUAGGUACAUUUGUGACAGUAUCUACAGCUCAUUUGUUAAAGAUAUGCUCCCCAAAGUUUGGCAAACUUGUUUCUGAAGAAUCUAUUUGUAGAGGUAAUUUAAGAACUGUUCAUUCACGAAUUAUUACAAAUGCUGAGGAAAUAGCUUUUUAUGGAGGACACAAGGUUGAGCAUAACUUGCUGUUAAAGAAUUAUAACAUGUUGGUCAAUCAGGUAAACAAAAUACUUGGUCAAAAGCUCUGGUAUGUGAUGCUUGAACAAUUUCUUAUGAAAUAUUUAUGGAGUGGUUUAGGAAUGAUAAUGAUUGCUCUCCCAAUUAUGAUGGGCAAAGAUGCUUCAUCAAACAUAUCAGAACAGAUAAGUGAAAGAAGCCAAACAUUUACAACAUCAAGAAAUCUCCUUCUGUCUGGUGCUGAUGCUAUUGAAAGAGUUAUAUCUUCUUUAAAAGAGGUUCAUGAGUUGACUGGAUUUACAAAUCGUGUUUAUGAGAUGUUUAAUGUCUUCAAGGAAAUUCAUAAUGAUAAGUUUGUUACAAGCAGUUCAUCCAAAGUUUGCACUUAUGCAGCUUUAGAUAAUUUGGAAUCAUCUUUUGAGGUGGUUUUUAAGUAUGGACAAGUUGUAUGUUUGAAUGAUAUGCCAAGAGUUCAGCCUGAAUAUACAAAAGGAGAUAUUAUUUUAAAAAAUGUUCCCAUAAUUACACCUAAUGGUGAUGUUAUUUGUUCAAGUUUGUCAAUCCAGAUCGUUCAAGGUAUGCAUUUUCUAAUAACUGGUCCUAAUGGUUGUGGUAAAAGUUCGUUAUUUCGCAUCUUGAGUGCUUUGUGGCCGGUUUUUGGUGGAAGUUUAUGCGUGCCUCCUGUGGAAGAAAUGUUUUACAUUCCACAACGUCCUUAUAUGACUCUGGGAACACUCCGUGAUCAGGUUAUAUAUCCAGACAGUGUAUCAGAUAUGAAGGCAAAAGGCUGGACCGAUGAUGAUUUGGAAAGCAUUCUUGACGAAGUAUUUUUAAAAUAUGUUGUUACAAGAGAAAAUGGUUGGGAUAGCAUCAGCGAUUGGAUUGAUGUUCUUUCUGGUGGAGAAAAACAAAGAAUGGGAAUGGCUAGAAUGUUUUACCAUAGACCAAAGUUUGCUUUACUGGAUGAAUGCACAAGUGCUGUAAGUAUAGAUGUUGAAGGGAAGAUUUAUCAAUCAGCUAAAGAUUUAGGAAUAACCCUUCUAACAAUAACUCACAGACCAUCUUUGUGGAAAUUUCAUACUCAUUUAUUGCAGUUUGACGGCCAAGGAGGUUGGCACAUUGAAGAAAUGGAUACAAAUGCUCGUUUGAGUUUACAAGAGGAGAAAGAAAAAUUAAUGACACAGUUAGCAGGUGUUCCAAAGUCUCAGCAGCGUUUAAAAGAAAUUUGUGAUAUAUUGGGGGAGAUUGAAUGAUAAAA